AUGUCGCUUGCACGAAAAGCCCACUCGGCGACGCCGCCCAUGCCUACCACGCCAUCGGCCCAGACAGACCAACAGCCCACGCCAAACGGCUCAUGGCGACAUCCACAGUUUGAUGAGAUUGCGCGUCGCCAGUACGCUACCACUUUUGACGAGCGCAAUGUGCGCGCUAUUGUGCUCAACUCUGGUCUGCUAUUUCUCUCGGUAUAUGGCCAAAGCGUGAGCGAAAAAGUGAAGCUGGUGGGAUAUGUAGCUGCUCCCAUCAACGCCGUCGUAAAAGCAGUGCCCUUCAGUGCAUGGGCCAUAGUCGCCAUCCGAAUCGUCUUCGCAGCAAACAUCGUCAUUGCCUUCCUCCCACUCGUCCGCCGCUACUACCCCGACGACAUCGCCGACAUACCUCUUACUCCCUCGCAGCGCGCCUCGAUGGGCCUCAAAGCAGACGUGCAUGCGCCCCCGACACCAGGGUCUGCUUAUGCCUCUCCAAACUUUGUCACACCGCCUCGCUACCAGCGAUCCACACCACGCAGUAACAGCUUCAGCAAUCAAGACUACUCCCCGUUCAACGGCAGUCCUCGCCCAAAUCUGGGAGGGUCAACCUCCAAUUCUCCCUUCAAUCUCAGCGGAUCAGCAGCAAAGCGCUUGAGCUACAACAGUUCAAUGAGCAGCAGUCUGUUUGGUGACAGCUCGAGCAGCGUGACCCCGGGUACUCCCACACCAUCGACCGGCAAGGCCAGCGUGGGACUGAACAACAAGUGGCUAUACGAGAAGCGAAGGGACAGCCCCAAGAGCAAUCUCUUCUUGUGA